GCGGACUUUAUGGGUCCCAGCCAGCGUCGCUUUUCUGUGAUUGACGUCAUCACAUCUCAACAGUGUAGAUAAGAUACGGUAGAUUCGUUAGACUGUUCGAAAGAAUCAUUCCACUGUACCCGGAUUUCCAUCCACCCACUUGAGGGACCUCAGGAUUAAUCCUUUUUCGUCCACGACUGAAAAGCAAACCUCUACACACCACGGCUAGGCACGCCUGAUGUAAUAUAAUUUCGGUCGGUCACAGAUUUUGUUUUUGUACCCUCUAUGCGACGUCAUGUCUGACACAGAUGGAGAUACAACGGGAAAUGGUUUAGACUACGAAAGUGAAACCGCCAGUCUUACAGGGGAUGACAAGCGGAAUGUCGAAGAGUGCAUCAACAACCAUCUUCGUCUAGUGACUUCCCUCAGGCAGCAAACACUCGAGUUACCUGAAACCGUCAGUGUUUUAGAGUGCAGGAACGGAACCAAAGUUUACUUGGUUGGAACGGCCCAUUUCAGUAAGGAAAGUAUUGAUGAGGUGAAAAAGAUAGUAUCCCAGACGCAUCCAGACUUUCUCGUUCUCGAACUGUGCAGCAACCGAACACGGGUGCUUGUGAGCGAUGAUGAAAAAAUAAAACAGGAAGCUAAGGAGAUUGAUAUUUUGACCCAUAUCAAAAUGAAUGGUCUUUCGCACGGACUUUUACAAUAUUUAAUGCUUCGGCUCAACCUCUAUUUGAUCAACACCCUUGGAAUGUCACCUGGUGGUGAAUUCAGGGCAGCAGCACAAGAAGCCAUGAAACAACCUCAUUGUCACAUUGUUCUGGGAGAUCGUCCAAUUUCCAUCACACUUCAGCGUGCAUUUAAUUCCCUUGGACCGUGGACCAAAAUCAAACUUGGUUUCUCUUUGUUGUUUGACCUCGAACCAAUUACAGCCGAACAAAUAGAAGAAAUGAAGAAAAGCGACUUUCUUGAACGAAUUAUCAUGGAAAUGGCAGGUGAACAUCCGGAGUUGACGCGGAUCCUGCUCGAAGAGCGAGACAUGUACUUAGCCAAAUCAAUAUGGGCAACAACCGGAAUGAAUAGUUACCAGCAACCAAAAUCAAAAGACGAUUGUGUCGAUGAUAAUUCCACAAAGUUAUCAUCUGAUAACAUGCGGGAUACCGAUGUACAUCUACGCUCCACUGCCGACGUCGGUGACUCCCAGCCAGCCGACUUUUCAAGUGAUCACGAAGAGUCUGUCAACCCUACCAACCGGAUAUCCGCCACAUCCGAGCAAACGCCCGCUUGUUGUUCAUUCUGGCCCAGUCCGUCAGUCUUACCUCGCGUUGUUGUAGCAGUCGUUGGUAUUGGUCACGUAGCUGGUAUAAAGAGAUAUUGGGCAAACGCCGACAGCAUCAACCAGCAUCAACUCAUGACUGUCAUGGAGCCUCCGUUGUCAUGGAAACUUUUCAGGUGGAGCUUGAGGAUUCUUCUCCUAUCUACCGUUUUGGGAAUCGGGUAUGGAGCUCUUCGUGGCUCGUACAAACUAGGUUCUGCAGUAUGGCAGCUUUUUCGCUGAAUUGUAAAACCAUGUUCGUCGUGUCUUUUUCCUAGAGGUUGUCUUAUUCAGACCUAUUUGAUCACUAUCAUCCAACCUCCGUGAGUGCGUUUCAAGCGGUCUCGUGAUAUCAAACAUUUGCUGUUCUUCAGUCUGUCUCAAUUUGUACUUUCUGCCUUCAUGUACAUUCAGGUGCCAGGAUGGGAAUGUAUUUAGGUUUGUCCACUUAUUUUCCCACUCAAUAUUUGAAUAAAUCGGAAAUCAGUUCAAUCUUGAAGCUUCCUCACAUUCUAUUCUUCCCGUUUUCGGACAUCACGCGGCUCCGUUCCUAUAAAGUACCCACUUGUGGCGACUGACUUGGUAAUCCUCAGGCAGUAUAUAUAUAUAUAUAUAUAUAUAUCUGUGUUGGUUCGAACCGGCAGGGAGGCUAGUUUCUGAC